AAUCCACGCACCUCCAUCUUUUUCGGUUCCUCGCGGCCCGCCGUAUCCUCUCACCGGAAAACUCUCAGUCACCGUCUCCGCUGCAGCCGUGAAAUGGCCAACCCCAGAGUCUUCUUCGACAUCACCGCCGACGGCAAGCCGAUCGGGCGGGUCGUGAUGGAGCUCCGUCCUGACGUGGUUCCCAAGACGGCCGAGAACUUCCGCGCCCUCUGCACCGGAGAGAAGGGCUUCGGCUACAAGGGCUCCAUCUUCCACCGCGUCAUCCCAAGCUUCAUGUGCCAGGGCGGCGACUUCACCAACCACAACGGAACCGGUGGCAAGUCCAUCUACGGCAACAAGUUCGCCGACGAGAACUUCACGCUGACGCACACCGGCCCCGGGAUCCUGUCCAUGGCCAACGCCGGCCCCAACACCAACGGAUCCCAGUUCUUCAUCUGCACAGCCAAGACCUCCUGGCUGGAUGGGAAGCACGUGGUGUUCGGCAGCGUGGUGGAGGGGAUGGAUGUGGUGAACACCAUGGAGAGCAAAGGGAGCCAGAGCGGCAAAACCAGCGUCAAGCUCGCCAUCGCCGACUGCGGGCAGCUCUGAGCUCAACACCUGACCCUUCCUGUAGCCACGCCCCAUCCUGUAGGCCCCGCCCCUCCACCAUUCUACAUUCCUAUCAAUGGAGAUCCAGCCGACCCCCUACCAAACCGCCCUUCUUUUUUAUUCUGUUGUUGAAAUCAAGUUGCUGCAUUUGUGACUUUUGGAAGUUUCUUUUGCAUUAACAUUUUUUUCCACUAAAAUCCCAACUUUUUUUUUGUUGAGUCAAAAAAAAUGAAUAAGAGAAUAAAACAAAAGAUGCCUUGACAAUUAA